AUGGACCUCGUCCCCCAGCUCCGACGCGCCAUCCUCGCUCAAUCUCUCCCUCCCCCCUCCCAAUCGUUCCUCACGACCCUCACAACCACCCGCUCGCCCCCCCCUCCAAUCCCAUCUCUCCUCGCAACCGCCAAAGCGCGCCUUCUCGCAUCCGACCUGACAAACACCUCCAGCAGCGCCAUCAUCGACCCGUCAGCACCCGUUUUCCCGACAAACAUCGACGCCGCAGCCGUAAAAGAGGCGAAGCUCGCGCAGAAUAUCCACACUCAAGUCAUCGACAUUGAAAACCUGAGUCUCAGUCGCUGGGAGCAGGUCGAAGAGCUCGAGGCCAUUGAGCGCGGGGAGCGUACGCGCGGGAGACAAGUCAUCAGGGUGGUUGCCCCCGAAGACGGCGAGACAGAUGCGGAUGGAUCUUCUGCGGCCCAGAAUCAGGCGUCGUCUCGGCCAGCAGCUGCUCCCUCUGCUCCGGCUACUACUGGGGGAGCAAACGCCGUGCAUCGACUGGUGCUGCAGGAUAGACAGGGCAAACGAGUCUUUGCCGUGGAAUUGAAACGUAUAAACGGCAUUGGAAUUGGAAAGACACAUAUUGGGGAGAAGAUCUUGCUCAAGACUGGGGCUUUCGUGGCGAGGGGGACGGUGCUUCUAACGCCGGAGACUUGCACGCUGUUGGGAGGCAAGGUUGACGCCUGGCACGAGACGUGGAUGGAGGGCAGGCUGGCGAGGCUGAAGGAGAGCGUGGGAGCUGACCGGCCAUGA